AUGGCAUCAACACCACUUAUUGCAGUGAAUCUGCAGAGUCUGGGAUCCACAUCAUUUGCUGGUUUCCUGUUACAAGCUGGAGAAUUCGGUGGGUCAUCUCCUGUAGGUUCUUUUGUUGUGACAUCAAAUAACGCUCAACUCCUCACUUGCAACCAAAAGCCAAAGAGUUCUUCUGUAUCGCACACAUCAGACUCUCCAAAGAAUGGCAUCCAGGUGACCUGGAUACCAGAAGCAUCACAGGACAUACAUUCCAUUCAGUUCCAUGCAACCUUUGUACAGAAUUACCAGACCUUUUGGGUUGAUGUGACAAGUCCUGUUCUGAAGCUUGCAAAUAACCUUUCCACCAGCUCUUUACUUGUCCAAAGUACAUCGGUUCCCAUCUUGAUGUCAACAACUAAAACUCUCUCCAGUGCAGACUGUGGUGUCACAAAAGUGUGUUUCAGUCAGCCUUCAGGAUGUGACCCAUCAGCCAAUCCUAGCUGCUUCUUUAUGUCGGCCAUGGCUCUGAGUAGUGGUGCCUUGCAGUUUGCAAUAACAGGUCCUUCUAAUGGAUAUGUAGCUUUUGGGUUUUCAGAUGAUCAAACAAUGGGUAACGAUGAUAUUUAUUUUUGUGGUAUAAGCAAUACUGGACAAGUGUCAGUUCAACAUGCCUUUUCAACAGGACACAUAUCUCCACUAACUGUAGCUCUGGGGAACAUUUCUAAUAUAGAAGCAUCAAUGCAGAGCGGGGUAAUCAGCUGCUCCUUUACUUCCAUGAAUACUAUUUCUACCCAAAGGACUUCUGGCAUCAACCAAAUGUACUAUAUUUUGUUUGCCUCUGGACCCAGCAGCAAUGGAAUAAUCCAGCUCCAUACAAAAACCUUCGCCAGCACUGCCAAGAUAGAUAUUAUUAAACCUCAACGUCUACAAAAUGCUGAUGCUGUUUUUCCCCAAAUCAUGCAAGCACAUGGGGCACUGAUGCUGAUAGCCUGGAUGACCACCAGCUCAUUGGGAAUGAUGGUAGCCCGAUAUUUGAAAGGAAUGGCCAAAGGAACAACCCUAUUUGGCAAAGAUAUCUGGUUUGUGAUCCAUGUUACAAUGAUGAGUCUCACAGUUGCAGAAACCAUCAUUGCUUUCAUCCUCGCUUUCUCACACAUUCGGGGUUGGGCUGAGGGAGCCCAUUCGGUGAUGGGCUGUCUGGUGAUGAUUUUGACAAUGAUCCAGCCGACACUGGCUCUGCUGCGCUGUGCACCACAACAUCCAUGGAGGUUUCUAUUCAACUUGUCACAUGCUUUCAUUGGAGUAGCAGUAAAAGGUCUGGGUGUGGCGGCCAUAUUUACAGGUCUGAAGAAGAUUGACAGCACCACAAACCAUUGGUUGAUGAAUGUUAUGGGAGUUUUUUUUGCCUGGGAAGCCAUGUUCUACACACUGUUGGAGCUCCUUGUUAGAUGGAAGAGAAAUAAAUCAGAUUCUUCUUCAGUGCUGGAAUCCAAAACAAUCAGUGUUGACCUUCUGUUGGUGGCUUUUUACUUCCUUGGAAACAUUUCCUUUUUGGUGGCUCUGUUGUGUGGAAUAGGGUUGUCAUAA